AUGCCGAACAUUGAGAUGUUUGAGCUCACAGCUGCGCACUUUUGGAGAGUCGACGUUGUACUGUGCAAGACCCACGUAUGCUACGACAGAGUGACGCGCUGGUACAGCGAAAACGGCAGUCCACGCAACGUCAAAGUAUUUUACACGAAGCACACGUCAUCCGACCAGGCAGAAUUUGCACGACAGCGUCAAGGCAGCAAUUCUAUUGCUCCAAAAGACUGCUCCAGUGUGAAAUUUAUCCACACGGCUGGCUCCAGUGUCUGGAAAGGUACGCGACAGCUUGUCGACUGCUGGAUUCUGUCACCGGGGAUGCUUCCAUUGGACGUCUAUAUCGACGACAGCGCGUCCCCACACUCGUUAAACCGUGCUCGCAGUCCUGUCCAAUUCAAGCACGGUAUGUUGGAGCCUCAAGACUUUAACAAGUUGAUAGCCGAAUCGGCCUUCUUUAUGUGUCCAAGUCGAAUUGAGGGCUACGGUCACUACCUUAACCAAGCGCGGGCAUCGGGGGGAGUGAUGCUUCUUGGCGGUAACUACGAAGGUGAACGAGGACUGAACGACACUGAGGAAUUGUUGGCUACGUUUAACUCAAGUGGGUUAUGCAAUGCUUAUCACGAAGACACGAAAUUCUUUGCACAAUCGAUGCAUAAAUUACGCCAGUUCACCCGAAACUAA